AUGAAGAAAGCUUCGGCUUUUAAACGAUCUGGAAUUCCUGAAAAAGUAACACAAACAUCCGCACAACAACGAAUAGCUCGAGUUGCAGACAUUACAAUCGCCUUCUACGCUUACUCCUCUCACACAUUCCCAAGACCCAGUGACCACUUCAUCCUGAACUUUGACACUAUAAUCACUAAUCUCGGAAACGGUUAUCACCCGCAUUCCGGAACAUUUAUCGCAACUCGGUCUGGAUAUUAUGUCUUUACGUGGUCCUUUAGGAUUCAAGGUGAUGCUCAUAUUUCGACCGAACUCGUGGUAAAUGACACGCCUAGAGGUUCCGUUUACUAUGACGCAACAGAGAAAGUAGGUGGAAACACUGGUGGGACGGUUGUCGUUCACGUUAACCAGGGUGAUGAAGUAUUUAUACGUACAACCAAUACUAACUAUAACCUUGGUGACAUUUUGAGUGAUAACGCAGGAAGAACUUAUUUUGGUGGUUGGCUUUUAUCCUAA